AUGCGUGUCAUAUCCAGCCCCUCAGUCUUUAUUGUCUCCAUUGCCCUAUCGUCGACUUGGCCAGCUGUCCAUGGAGCUCCCUCAGGCUCUGGUUCCAGUAACCCUCAAGCAAUUUCCGCGCAAUCCAUCACAUACACCCACCAUCACGGUCGGUCACCCUCUCACACCUACGAAGCCCGUCAGAGCAUCCCGAUAGCUAAUAUGGAUAUGAAUAUUGACGAGAACCUCACGAAUGCCGGAAACACCUCAUACGAUGCUAAACCCGUGAUCGAUUCUAUGCACACGGUAGUAAACCCGUCCUUGCCCGUGAAAGAAAAUGCGACAGUCGACAAUGUUCCAAUUAUACCUCAAAAUACGCCCCUAAUUGGCCAAAGCAGGCCGGAUUGUUCUUCCCAGCCUCCACCUAACGACAUCAAGUGCUACUACACGACAGCCUAG